AUGAUGAAUGACGACGCCUAUCGAGCAUAUGAAUAUUUACGUAAGAAUCGCAAACUUUUGAGUAUAAAAGCUCAUACAGACCAUCCAAUAUUCGUGAAAGAAGAACGAUUACAUCUCAAUGGAUUAGUAAUAUUAGCUGAAGAAGAAGUAGACAAGGUAAUAUUGGCUCAUUAUGGAGCCAAAUUUGGUUGUGGUACCCGAGCUCUUCAUUAUCAUUUGAAUCAGAUAUACAACAAAAUAUCAGAAUCUCGAAUAGCGAAAGUGGUUAAAGCCAGUAAUUCAUGUGGUCGAAUGCAUCCAACAUUUUCGAAUAAAGGUCCAAAAAGAAUUAUACAAGCUAAACAAGUGUUUGAGCGUCUGCAGAUUGAUCUUGUUGAUCUUUCUCGUCGCACUGCGUUGCACAAUGCGGAGGUUUGUGAUCAUUUGGAGCUUAUUUUUUGUGAACAUGGAACACCAACCAUUAUCCAAACUGAUCAAGGUACUGAGUUUCAAGGUUUAUUCGAUGAACUGUGUCUUAAAAGAAACAUUAAACAUAUUCGAUCUCGUGCUUAUCAUCCUGAAUCUCAGGGAAAAGUAGAAAGAUUAAAUCGAUCUUGGAAAAAUAAAAUGUUUUAUGAUGUACUUAUCAAUGGUAAUACCAAUUGGGCUGCUAGUCUACCCUCUUAUUCUCAAACUUAUAAUACGUCCAAACAUCGUGGUCUCGGUAUUCGUUGCGACUUCUUCCUCCAAUUUUAUUUAAUCAUGUUUUAUUUAAUAUUUGUAGGAAACCUGACUCCUUUUUUUGUAUAUUUUGGUCGUGAAGCUGUUAUCACAACUAGUUCAAGCAUGAAUAUUGAUGAAGAAGAAAUCGAACAAGUAUGA